AUGUCUGUGGAAGAGAAGAAUGGUGUCGACAUCAGCACCGCUCCCGAGAAGGAGCAGGUCCAGACCAAGGUCGUGAAGGGCAAUGAGGCCUUCGCAGAGGCCAUGACCAAGGAGCCCCCGAGCGCGUGGACCGGAGCCCAAAUCAUGAUCUACUCCUUUUCGAUCGUUGGAUUCUUUUGCUCCACGAUGAACGGCUAUGAUGGUUCCCUGAUCAACAACCUGCUCCAGAAUCAAUGGUUUAAGGAGUAUUACAACGUUCAGAGCUCUGGUAUCUGGGCCGGUAUUGUGUCUUCCAUGUACCAAAUUGGAGGUGUCGUCGCGCUUCCCUUCGUCGGUCCUGCCAUCGACACCUGGGGUCGAAGAGUCGGCAUGUUGAUCGGUGCACUCCUGAUCAUUCUCGGUACUAUCAUCCAGGGUACAUCCCACGCCGCUGAAGCCUUCAUGGGCGGUCGUUUCUUGCUCGGUUUCGGUGUCUCGAUCGCUGCUGCUGCAGGACCUAUGUACGUCGUCGAGAUCAACCACCCUGCAUUCCGCGGAGUGGUUGGAGCCAUGUACAACACCCUCUGGUUCUCCGGUGCCAUCAUUGCGUCCGGCGCUGCCCGCGGUGCCCUUAACACUGGUGGAGACUAUUCCUGGCGCUUGAUCACCUGGCUUCAGGCCCUCUUCUCUGGACUCAUCUGUCUCUUUGUCUUCUUCCUCCCCGAAUCGCCAAGGUGGCUGUAUGUCAACAACAAGAAGGAGGCAGCUAAGCAAAUGCUCACCAAGUACCACGGAAAUGGCAACCCCGAAAGCGCCUGGGUGUCCCUCCAGAUGCACGAAUACGAAGAACUACUCAACAUGGACGGUGCCGACAAGCGAUGGUGGGACUACCGCGCUCUGUUCCGCAACCGAUCGUCGGUCUACCGUCUUUGCUGCAACCUGGCUGUAUCCAUCUUUGGACAGUGGGCUGGCAAUGCUGUGCUCUCCUACUUCUUGGGCGCGGUGCUAGAGUCCGCUGGCUACAUCAACAGCAUUGAACAGGCCAACAUCACCCUCAUCAACUCCUGCCAGCAGUUCCUAUUCGCCAUCUUCGGUGCUUUCCUUGUUGAUCGCGUCGGUCGUCGCCCGCUGCUUCUGUUCUCAUUCACCGGUUGCUGCGUUGUCUGGCUCGGCAUGACUAUUGCGGCUUCAGAAUUCGCCAAGUCCGGUGGCGGUAUCAACCCUGACGGAACCGCCCGGCAGGGUACCAACAAGGCUGCCUCUCAGGCUUCUCUUGCUAUGAUCUUCAUCUUUGGGUCCAUCUACUCCGUUGGUAUUACCCCUCUCCAGGCUCUUUACCCGGUCGAGGUCCUUUCCUUCGAGAUGCGCGCGAAGGGUAUGGCUUUCUCGUCGCUGGCCGUCAACGCCGCUGGUCUCCUCAACCAGUUUGCGUGGCCAGUAUCCAUGCAGCAGAUUGGCUGGAUUACAUACGUGAUCUUUACGGUUCAGGAUGCCGUCCAGGCAUUCAUCAUCUGGAUGUACCUGCCCGAGACCAAGGGCCGCACUCUUGAGGAACUAGACGAGAUCUUUGCCGCCAAGAACCCUGUCAAGGCUUCCAUUAAGAAGAAGGAGAUCGGACUCAACCAGUACGGUGAUGUCGUCAAUGUUCAUGAGGUUUAA